AUGGAGUCUCGCACUCGCUAUGAGUACCUCCGCCGUGACUGGCUUGAGACCGUCUCCAAGGAGGUUGGCCUGAAAGCACUGGAGCUGAUAAGUGCCCAGCACCAGAGAGCCCUUCCCUCACUGCCAACUGACCAGAUUCCUCGCCCUCCCGAUCUGCCGCCGUGCUCCGGCAGCUUCACGAACCAGUACCGUCUCUCGUGUAGUCACAAGCUGCUCGAUCUCAUGAAGCGCAAGGAGCCACUUACGAAGAUGUACAUCCACCCUCGUUGGUCGUUGCGUCAGCCGUUGAACUUCAGAGAUGCCCUGCUCAACAUCAAAGACCCUGCCGUUGUCACCACUCUGCGUGGGCGCCCGAAGAACAAGAACAUCGCCUACCACGGCACCUUGCCGACCCCUUCCUCCUCAGGGGCACCCACCUCCUCAGCAGCACCAGGCCGGCCAACGGCGAGGGCACCUAGACAACCUCGCAGAGCUCAGUACCCAGCAUCGCGACCAGUUAGGCAGAGUAUACGCCGUAAUCGGUCAGCGUUCAAGUACGACGACGAGGACGAGUUGGCCUCGCAGAGCACGCAGUCGACCAUAAUAGUGGGCGGAAGUCAAGUGGUGGAAGUUGAAGAAGCCCAGCGACCGGCAGCGAAGAGACGAAGUAGACGACUUCAGGCUCCUCCAGCCUCAACGGCGCCAGCGCAGCUGUAG